AUGGCGGGCUCCUCUGAGGCUUUCGAGGGCGGCAAUAAAACGCCAGCCGUCAACAGCAAUGCCAAGUCCGCAGAAGAGGGACUUAAACGCGCCGAUGGGAUCACCGGUCUAUACGAAGGAAAUGUCUUCGAGACGUCGCCUGAGAAUCGCCGGGAAAUUGGCGUGUUUAGUGCGGCGUUGUUGAUCUUCAACCGUGUCAUCGGUACUGGUAUCUUUGCGACCCCCAGUACUAUUUUGCAGCUCUCUGGGAGUGUCGGCCUCGCCCUGUUUAUGUGGGUGAUCGGUACCCUCAUCGCACUAGCAGGUACGGCGGUGUAUCUUGAAUGGGGUACUGCUAUUCCCAGGAACGGCGGUGAAAAGAACUACCUCGAGUAUGUCUACCAGAAACCCAAAUUCUUUGCAACGGCCAUGUUUGCCUCCUAUGCCUUCUUCCUCGGCUGGGCUGCUAGCAACAGUGUGGUCUUCGGCCAGUACAUCCUCAAUGCCGCCGACGUGGAGGUCGAUCGCUGGAACCAGCGAGGUAUUGGUCUCGCCUGUCUGACGGUGGCUUUUCUGGUCCACGCCGUUGCCCUGAAAUGGGGUCUUCGUCUGGUCAACUUUCUCGGUAUUGUCAAGCUCAUCGUUAUCGUGUUCAUCACGGUGACGGGAUGGGUUGCGCUGGCGGGCCACACGCGAGUCCCCACGCAUAACUUCCAUAAUGCCUUCGAAGGGACCCAGGGGAGUGGCUACAGUAUUGUCAUGGCGCUGUACAAUGUCAUCUGGUCCUUCAUCGGGUACUCCAAUGCCAACUAUGCUCUCAGCGAAACCAAGAACCCUGCUCGGACGCUGAAGAUCGCAGCCCCUACGGCCAUCAUCUCGGUCGGAAUUCUUUAUAUGUUCGUCAACAUCGCCUACUUCGCCGCAGUCCCCAAGGAGCAGAUGCUAAAAUCGGGCUCCGUCGUUGCCGCCACAUUCUUCGGAAACAUGUUUGGCGCACGGGCAGAGAAGGCGAUGUCGGUCCUCGUGGCGCUGUCGGCAUUUGGAAAUGUCUUGUCGGUCAUUUUCUCGCAGGACGAAGUAUUCGUCCAGGAGCUUGGUCGCGAAGGCGUUCUCCCCUUUUCGAAGUUCUUCGCCAGUAACUGGCCUUUCCACUCCCCUGCCGCUGGGUUGUUCGAGCAUUAUAUCGUGUCGGCGAUUAUCCUGCUCGCGCCCCCGCCUGGCGAUGCGUACAACUUCCUUCUCAACCUUAUUUCAUACCCGCUCUCCAUUGUCAACUCCUUUGUCGCCGCUGGCCUGAUCUAUAUAUAUUUGAACCGGGAAAAGAAAUUCCCUACCUGGUCUCCGCCAAUCCGUGCCACACUCCCAGUCACUGUGUUUUUCUUCCUUUCCAAUGUCUAUCUGGUGAUUGCUCCGUAUAUCCCGCCGGAUGCAGGCCAGAAUGUUUAUGAGCAGCUCCCUUAUUAUCUCCACUGUGUUGUGGCCUUGGGCGUGUUCGCGUUCGGUGCUCUCUAUUACCUCGGAUGGGCCGUCUUGCUCCCCAAGCUUGGCAAGUACGUUCUGGUAAAAGAAACGGUCGUCGAUGCAGAUGGAUGGUCUCGAAGUGUUUACACAAAACUGCCGCAGACUGCGGCUCCCUCUUAG